CGCUGGGCAUGCGGGAGCUGUGGCUGUGGAGUUUGUGCAUCAGGCGGUGGUGCCCGGCUCCUGGAGGACUGAGGUGAAAGACGAGAGUUCCACCAGUGAGGAAGAUGAGGAGGAGGAAGAGCAGGAGGAAGAGGCCAGCGAAGAAGAGGAAGAGGAGGAAGUGGAGCCGUUCCCUGAGGAGAGAGACAACUUCCUGCAGCAGCUGUACAAGUUCAUGGAGGACAGAGGAACCCCCAUCAACAAGAAGCCCGUGCUGGGCUACAGGAACCUGGACCUCUUCAAGCUCUACAGACUGGUGCACCAACUGGGAGGCUUCCACGAUAUUGAGAGCGGGUCCGUAUGGAAGACUGUCUACCAAGCUCUGGGAAUCCCUGUUCUCAACUCUGCCGCCGGCUACAAUGUCAAAUGUGCUUACCGCAAGUACGUAGUGAGAGCCCGUUGAUUAUCUGUGUACCACUGAUAAUGUACCUUUUAGGGGGACACCUCUUGAGUCGCUG